AAUUAGAAACAAGAACAAGCCGCUCAUGCCGAUUGAAGAGAACUGUCAAAUUAAAUCAGCUGAAUAUAAUAAAAACAAGAUAAAUUUAUCAACUUUCUCGCAAAAAAUUGUCGCAAUGGAUGAUAAAUAUGAAACUGUGAAACUUUGUUAUACGAUACAUAAAUACUCCAGUUACUCCGUCAACUACAUACCAGAGAAUAUUAUGGUGAAUAACCCAUCAGACCCGCUAUCCAGAUGGUUUACAGACAGUACCACACCUUCUCAAUACAUUAUGUUAAAACUGAAAUCACCAUCAAUUGUGGAAACUAUAAAAUUCGGAAAAUAUAUAAAAGCCCAUGUGAGUGAUUUAAAGAAGUUCCAAAUUCUUGGUGGCACCGAUGAGAAUAAUUUGUCUCUGUUGCUGUCAGCUGGUCUGAAGAAAGACAGUUCUCCGGAAACAUUCCGCUUGCGUCACAGGACAUUGGAAGGCCUGUACCUGCCUAUACAGUACAUCAAGAUAGUCCCACUGCAGUCUUGGGGCCCGGCAUAUAACUAUACCAUCUGGUAUGUGGAGCUGCAGGGCAAGAACCAUGAUGAGCUCAUCAGUAAUGCUCUGGACACUAUCAAUUUGCGUAAAGAAGAGGAGGCAGUGCGUAUACUAUUAAAACAUUUACGACGGCGGAGGUACAAGGAUGCUUUUGAAGCCUUAUCACGGGAGAGUGGCGUACAGCUGGAGGGACCAUUGCAGGCUCGACUGUGGAAUGCACUGGUUGAGAACGGAGACUACAAGCUUGCGGAGGAAAUCCUUGAGGAGGCUAAAAAUGAAGGCGAGUUCGACUGGUACAUGUCGUGGCAGACGGCGCGGCCGGUGUGGCGGCAGAUGUCCCCGUGCUCGGCGGCCGUGGAGGCGGCGCUGUGCUGCGAGCCCGCGCCCGCCGCCGCGCACGCCGCCACGCAGCGGCACCGCGAACUGUGCUGCGACGACUACAGACCCGAUGACAUAGCGCCGGAGGGCGUGGAGGCGGGCGAGUGCGAGGCGGCAUGCGGCGCCGCGUGCGGCGGCCGGCCGGGCCCGCGCGGCGGCCACCAGCUCGUGGUCGACGCCGGCACCGGUACCCUAUACCUAUUCGGCGGCUGGAACGGCACGGAGGAUUUAGACGACUUGUGGUCGUUCGACACGAACACGGAGCGCUGGUCGCUUCUAUGUCGCCACAGUCACUUGGUAGGGGGCCCGUCGCCGCGCUCCUGUCACAAAAUGGUGUUCGACCCUAUACACCGGCGGCUCUACACAUUGGGGAGGUACCUUGAUAACGCGCAGCGAGUACCGGCUAACAUGAAUAGCGACCUGUACAUGUACGACGUGGUGAGCGGCGAGUGGUCGCUGGUGCAGGAGGACACGGCCCGCGCGGGGGGCCCGCGGCUCGUGUUCGACCACCAGAUGUGCAUCGACCCCGACACGCACACCAUAUACGUGUUCGGGGGCCGCGUGCUGCCCGCCAACACCGAGGAGGCGGCCCUGCCCGCGUACUCGGGCCUGUACGCGUACUACAUGGACACCAACUCGUGGCAGCUGCUGCUGGGGGACAAGCACGAGCUGGACGCGCCGCAGCCGCGCGUCAGCCACUCCAUGCUCUUCCACCCGGUCCAGCGGCGGCUGUACAUGUUCGCGGGGCAGCGCAACAAGGCGCACCUGCUGGACCUGUGGUGGUGGGACGUGGGCAGCGGCGAGGCCCGCGCGCUGUGCAGCGCCGCCGCCUGCCCGCCGCCCGCCGCCGGCUUCACGCAGCGGGCCACCAUCGACCCCGACACCGACGAGAUGUUCGUGCUCUCCGGCAUGAGCAAAGAGAAGGACAAGCGCGUGUACAACACGCUGUGGGUGUUCUCAUUGAAGCGGCUGACGUGGAGCUGUGUGUACCGCAACGACACGGUGGCCCCCAACGAGCCCAGGCCCAGGUUCGCGCACCAGCUCGUCUACGAUCCUGUUAAAAAGAUCCACUACCUAUUCGGCGGCAACCCGGGCAACCAGAGCAGUCCCCGGCUCCGUCUGGACGACCUGUGGGCGUUGCAGCUGGUGCGGCCCUCCAUAGACGCGGUGUUCGGCAACGCCCGCGCCGCGCUGAGGGAGGCCUGCUACCGCGAGCUGUGCGCCUCCGGGCACGAGCUCGCGGCUCUGGACUACCUGAGGAACCAAGUCAGAGACGCGCUCGACCACUGUGACCCCAGUCAGGUGUCCCGCUUCCAGAAGCUGGCGACGGUGCUGUUCUCGGGCGCGGGCGAGUGCGGCGGCGGGCCCCCCGCGCCGCGCGCGCUGUCCCCCCGCGCCACGCGCGCGCUGCAGCGCCGCCGCGCCGCGCAGCCGCCGCACACGCACCUCGCGCAUGCGCUGCACGCGGUUCUCGGCGCAGACGACAGCGUUCCGGAGCCGGUGCAGCCGUUCGAGGACGUGCCGGUGGCGGCGCCCGACACGUGGGACGUGGGCGACGACGCCGAGCCCGUGGCGCCGCCCACGGAGGCGCGCGACCGCCGCCUGGCGCUCUACGACGCGCUCGCGCAGUACUUCCGGCCCAGCGCCGUGCCGCCACGAGCCGACAUCUGCGAUCUUGUCAACUUGUAAAUCUUACUUCUUCUCCUGUGAUUUGAAAGUAUUCAGACGUAACCAUAGGCGGCGACAUAACAUGAAACCCGUGCAGUUCCGUAGUGGAGUCUCUGUUACCUGGGAGUCAUAGGCCACAUUGAAGCAAGUCAUUUAAAAAAGCAAUAUUGUUAUCGAUAGUGUGUUGACAUUUGCGCAGUUACUUUUAUUAUGCGUGAACGUCAAAUUGCAACAUUGUUUAUUUGAUGAAUUGCUUCAAUGUGGCCUUUUUAGUGGAAAAAUAUGACACCAAAAUACAAAUACCGACUGCUUUUUCUUCUGGCGGGACUUUAUUACUGGACACAACUAUUUUCCCGCUUAAAACUUGUAGUAGUCUACGGACUAAGGAAGUUGACACUUAUCCUUACCAUUUGUAUGGAGCAAGUCUUACAUAAACUGCCAUUGAAAUACUAAUUAUUGUGACGAAAAAACAAUGAGACUAAUUUACAAAAAAAAAAUCGUAUUAUGAAAAAAAUGUGCUUGUUGCAUGUGGUUGAUUAUAUAACCAAACUACUUUGUAGUUAUACUUUUUUAAACAAUCUGGUGAUACUACGCGUUACUUUCGAUUUUUGAACUGCUGGGCAGUUCAGAUAACGUGAAAAAACGAUACAUUACCAAAUGUAUGACAUCAAAUUAUUACGUAAAUGCAAUGAUAAUGCAAUAAUGAUACAACAAAAUUAUUCGUAACCACAAUAUAUUUACUGAUGAUAAUAAUUUAAUUAAUAAUAAGGCACAUUUGUGUUAUCAUGAUACUAUAACUUAUAAAAUACAUUUUAAAAUUACAUAAUUAAUACAAUAUAAUAAGGUUCAUUAUCAUAAUUAUAAAAUAAAGUACAUUAACAUUUCUAUUUAUUAUUGUAUCGAUUCGCCGUAUUCUUAUAUUUUUUACUCAUAGUUAUCGUAAUUUUCUGGUCUUAUAAAUUCUACUUUAAUGUAAUUCUUAUCGUAAUUUUAAAAUUCAAUAUUUUGUAAUAAAUAUUUCAGAAUUUAGAGUAGGUUAGACAUUAUAUGACGCUAAAACUAUUUAUAUCAUAAUAUGACUAUGCAUUUGUUAUUAUUUAAUCAUUAUGACUAUAAUCCACGGAAUAUCUUAAUGUUCUGUAUUGCUAAUGUAAAUAUGAUGCAGUCUUACACAGAUAGAACGUAAAGCUAUGUUUACUUGCGAUGCUUAUGUUUAGUUGUUUACUUUACUUGAGAUUAGUCUUCAGCUAAAAUAACAUGUAAAUUACCAUUUUUA